CCUAAUCCACCGCUCACAGCUGGUGGUGGAAAUACAAAGAGGAAAAAACAUCUGAGCAUUCCAAGUAACAGCCCCUCCUUCUAGCUCUACUGAAGACCUAUAUUCUGACUGCUGCAUGCCAUAUACCCCACAAAGCAUCUUGGAUUCUAAAGAUCCCACUAUCUGCUGCGAGAAAGUAAACCAAGGCUAUAUAGAGGUAUGUGAUGUAUCACUAACUGUGUGAUCUAUUGGGGGUUUAAACUGAAUUGUAUACUUUUAGGCCAAAAGCCAAACUGCAAAGCUGAGUUUCAUUUUUAUUUCUAAUAAUUUGUUUACUAAAAUUUGACACUCACACUCUAGUGAAUAACCUUUGUUUAUAGGAAUCAAGGAGUCAUAGUUAAUUAUCAUUUAUAUCUAUGUUUGGGGGUAUCUUAAUUUACAAUUUAAAACUCUCUGCAGUCAUAGAUGUGUUCUCUCUGUUUGCCAUGUCUGGUGUCGAUGUAUUCACUAGUGAUAGCUACAGCCCAAAGGAUUUGGUCCAGCAUCUGAUUAAUAGAAAUAAAGUACUGACCAAUCUGCAUGUGAUAACUUGGUGUGUUUGUCAUGCAUUUCACUUAUUAAUGGCCAGCACAUGCAGAGGCCCUCUCUGCAGUAUGUAUUAUUCAUAUGCUACAGGAGGGAAAAUCCAUUGUCUAACCCAGUAUUUCCUUGUUACUUUCUGGGUUAUUCACGAAUUUAAGAUUUUAAGCUAAAAUAGCCAUAAUUUACUAUGUCACUAGUGUAGCAUUUUUUUUUAUUUUAUUUUUUGCGGCAGCGGCGGCAGCAGCAGCAUAAAAUGGUUUUUGCUUUGAUUUCUCAUGACUAACCCUGUCUGAGUAAAGGAUUACUCUAACCAUAAAUCAAACAAAGAUACAUUUAAUUGUACCAUUCUCAUCCCUGAGAGCGCAUGUGCACACGCUAAACCGGCAAGGGGCUGGACUGCAGAUACAUUUAUUUAUUUUUAUUUUGUGGGUAUAGGUGAGACUUAAAUGAAGUGAAGGAGAGUAUAUACCAACUUUCACUUGCAUGUCCUUCAUGUAAAGGAAAAUCUCUAUUUCUGUUGACAGAUGUAAUUUAUGCACAUAAUUGAUAUUCGGCAAGCCCAGCCUGCAACAAGUUACCAGCACAAGAGUUAAUAUAUCUCUGUAUGUGCAACAUUCAGAGCAGAAACACUGCACAUACAGAUUGCUACCACCAUGAUCAAUUCUGCUUUUAGAAUUAAGUAAUUUCCCUCUUGCAGCAUAGAAAGGCUACAUACUCUAUUGUAGCAGUUUUCACUUACUGCUGACCACCUCAAAGAAGUGAUAAGUGUCUAGAAAAAUAUUGUGGAUUGGGCAGCACGAUAAAUGCAGCUUUCACCCUUAUGGGCAAUGGUUAAAAAAAAAAUAUAUAUAUAUAUAUAUAUAUAUAUAUAUAUAUAUAUAUAUAUAUAUAUAUAUAUUAUUUAUAGCAUGUUUAGCAAUUUCCUCCAGAAUAUCACCUGUUUUGCCUUGACAACUGCAGUGAUUUGGCAAAAAAUAAAACUCCCUCACCCUUCUCAAAUACCUCUCAGCUUUCUUUCUAGCCAUACCGGUAAUCUCAUGCAUUACUAUUUCUGAUAAAUUCCCUGAUGUAUUUUACCCAAUCCAUGGCCACAGACCAUAGAGCUGUACUUUCUGCUAUUAGCUUGUGCAGCAGUUAUAUCAAACUCUUGGUCUGUUCAUGGAAUAUGCACUGUACUCCACGACAGCUGACCCUCUCAACCAGGAUUAGACUGAAACAAAAAGCCAUUCUACAGAAUUUUGCUGCCGCUAUAUAAAUAAAAUAAUAUAUCAAGGCAGAGAAGCCCAAUCGGAAGAGGUGGGUCCAGAGAAUAAGCAUGUCGUGUCUUCACUAAUCACAAGCAUGCCUAUUUGUUUCAUGUCGAUUUCAGGGCAGCCCAUGCGCUACCCGUUACGGCUCUGUUCACCCGUACUCAAACGUUCGGCGAGUCAUACAGAGCUCCUAUCCAGUUCAUCCACUUGGCGCCGUAGCUGCUGAGCGCAGUCAGCAGGAAGGACCAGUCCACCCGCUCAAUAGCCUUGCCCGCGUCGGAGAUGAGGCACAAGGGUAUUCCAUCCCUGCAUGCUAGAUGUUGGAUAGAGCGUACCCGUAACGUGCUAUCCCGUGCCUCUCUACCCGAGAUGAACCCAGUCUGAUCCGGGUGGACCAGGCCCGGGAGCUUUGCUCCAAGUCGGACCGCUAGGACCUUUGCGAGAAGUUUUACAUUGAGCAACAAGCUCAGUCUAUAGCCUCCAGGUCCUUCCCUGGUUUGGGUAAGAUGGUGAUAGUAGCGAUUCUUGAUGGAAAAACAACCGCAAGGUCAAAGUGUUGAGGGCUUUGCUAAGUUUUGGAAUCAAGGUUGCACUAAAUUUCUUGUAAUAGUCCAGAAUUAGUCUAUCCAGACCCGGGGCUCUGCCCACCUUUGAGAUUUUGAUGGCCCUCAGGAGUUCAUCUUCCGUGCUUCGCAUCAUCCGCCUGGAGGGUGGAGGCAACAUAAGUCGCCAGGAAGUUGCUCCGCUCCAGCUCCCGAUUACCCUCAGCGCCGUGCCCCUUCGCUCAAGUAAUAUUGUAGAAUGUCCGAAACUUAGACUUCUUUCUUCUGGCACGAGUUGUUCUUUCACUUCAGUCAUAACAAUCCAGUGCACCCCUAGAUCUGACACCUGGCAUGACUGUCCUACACUUUACACUCCUGACCCAAAAAAAUGCAUAGAUGAGUCCCUUUUGAAAUUCACCAAGCAGUAGAUUCCAUCAAAUUGGGCUCCCUAAGGAAUAAAAUUCUUAGUUAUGCUAAUGCAACACUGGGUAUAACUGGUCAUUUCGAAUUUAUGCAGGAAAAGACUGUCCGCUAGAUCCACCAGGCUGCCCUGAUACUGUUGGGACAAAACGUGAAAUUGUAUGGGAUCUCCUCCAAUUCAUGAAUAAAGGAUGUCAUCUAUGGUGGGUUGUUUUUUUUUUUUUUCUAGAAAGUCAUUACAGUGCUGGUGUUGGUCUUGCCCUGUGUUAGCAGGACUCACGUUAUCUGAAUGGCACCCAAUGCCACAGGUGAGUCACAGCAGGGAGUUCAGCCACAGUGAGUCCCAAGAUUUUCCGGUCUAUGAACCAGGGUUCCUCUUGGCUGUGCUCUGUCUUGAAUCCUUGGGUGGUCAGUGCUGUCAGGGCAGGUUCUGCUUCAUGUCUUGUGGUAUGUGCUACUGCAGGCACUUCCAUUAGAGUGCGGUGAGUUCUUAUUUGCAGUGUCCAUAAACUUUGCUUUUUUUUUUUUUUUUCUUUGUAAGGACCCGGCAGGGUAGCAGUGUGUGCUCAUUCAUUUGCUCCGUUGGCUUCCUCACUUUUAGGUAAGCAUCCACUCGAUCUCACAGGCAACUCACGCACAUGGUCGGCGCGCGGCAGCCAUCUUGUGGGCCUUCGCCCAGCGGCUAAUCCUCACCAGCGGCUGUUUAGGUCAGGGUUGAUGUGCUGGCUAGUGCCUUUGCAGACCGGGAUGACCCCCCCCCGGUCCAGAGGGGGGGGGGGAGCGUGACGCCGGCCGGAGACCCGGGAGAGCGGCCGUCUCAUCCCGGCUCAAGCCCCAAUGGGCUCCGUGCCCCAGUCGGGUCACUGUCGGCGCCAGAGAGUCUCAUGCGGUAUACUAGUUUGCCCCAGUGACUGGGGGUCGGUGUGGUCGCCUGUGUGGUUUUCCCAGUCUUGUAAAGCCUCCAAUUUACACAGACUUCGGGCACUGGAGCGGGAGCUCAGACAGAGCACGUCUGAUCCCGCUGGCGGUCAGGCCCCGCCCCCCUUUUUUUUUUUUUUUUUAAAUCACACUAUAGAAUUGUAAAUUAUAACACAGAUCCCAUAGGGACCUUCUCUGUGACCCCUGGCAGUUGUUCUUUCCCUCCAGGGAUCAUUUGCUCUAUAGUUUAUCACACAUGUGUGUGUGUGUUCCCUACACACAACCACUGGUUCCCUUAGGGGCACCAGUAUACCCUCCCUUUGAGAGGGGGUUGGUUUGUCAUUAUUUUUAUUUAUUUUUUUUUUAUUUUUUUUUCAGUCCAGCCCUGAUCACCACUAAAUGCGCCCUGCAUUUGUGAUAAAGUGGCUAGACCAAACUACUCAAAAUACAUAAUUUGGAAUAAUCUGGGUUACCUACGUUUGAGAAUGGUAUGCUGUAAUAAUGAAAAUACUAUGUCACCUUUUAAAGAAUAUGACAGGAUGGAUAAUAAGCCCAGAUAUUUCUUGAUUACUCCAGACAUAAUCCGAGGUGGGGAUUAUACCACUUACGCCUAAAUCAUUGAGCAGGCCGUCUGCUCUCAAUUCUAUGUGAGUACAUUUUAUUAUUUAUACUCCUUAUAUAAGAUUUUAUACAGCGAGCACUAUUAGUUGUCUCUCUUCUUCCUUAUGAUCUACACAUCGGCGAAAGACUUAACCCUCUACACGUAUCCUACAAGCGGGGAUUAUACCGCUGUAAGCUAUUCACACUAGAGCUGGCUUAAGCUCUACUAAACAUGAGUAAGACUGUAUUAGACUCUGUUGUUAUAUACACCAUCUUUACCAGACGUACUGCCCUAUCAUCUGUCUUUCUCUUCCACAUACGGAGUAAAAGACCAAUACUUCUCUACGUAUCCUAUAAGCGGGGAUUGUACCGCUGUAUGCCAUCCACACUAGAGCUAGUUCAGCUCUACUACACGUGAGUAGAAUUACCAUAGAUCUCUUCUUCCUGCAUAUCAACCCUCUCAUCAGACGUAUUUGCACCAUUAUUUGUUUGUUUCUUUACAUACGGAUCCUGAAAAGCCAUCUUCAUGUGACCCUUAGAGAGAAUACCCCUCCACAUAGGCCGUCGGUGCCCUACUAAAGACUGUUUUGGCACCACCUACAUUUUGGACUUUGUUCAUUUUCUAGCUGCACUUUAGUCAGCUUUGGUGCAACCUUCCUCUGUUUUGUCUUGUAUAUUAUCUUUGUUCAUAGGGCUUAGAGGGAACUCUAUUUUAGGUUGCUGCCUCCUACUUUACCUAUUUAUAGGAUUGGUUUAAUUUAGCGCUGUUUCCUUCUUUUGUAUAUUUUUAUUUGGCAUGGUAUAAAGAAGCCCAUGGGAAUAGAAAUGGCGCUGGGGAGUGCCAAAAUUCUUUUGGGGACUGGGAAAUACCCCAGAAGCCAGGGGGGGGGGUACCUGAGGGGAGGUUGAACAGACCCCAGAGGAGAGGGGUAGCCCCCACCACAGUAGAGGUUAUCAAUAGAAAACAUUCACUAUGUAUAUCAGUUAGGUAAACAAUGAUAGUAUGAAUAUGUAUAAAUCACAGUUCAGCAAAUAUGACAGAGAAAAAAAAUGUGUACUUAGCUCUUGUGAUGGAGCAGCAAAGAAAGAGGAAAUGUCAUAUGUCACGCCUCUUAGAACCAAUCACAAUGUAGUAUAGGGUAUAAGUUUUGUCACUCUUUUCUUUGCUGCUAUGGAGUUAGUAAAGAAAGAUUAUGCAAAAUACAAAGCCUCCGGUCAUGUGAUAAAAUUCUAGGUUUUUUUUUUUUGGUAGGAACUUGUACAACAGCCCCAGUCCUUAAGGCGAUCAAGAGAAACCCACAACUUUGUGGAUAUAGACACACUGUGUAUAUAUGUGUGUUAUGGCAUGUCAAAGUGUAUAUGUACAGUGGGACCUUGGUUUACGAAUUUAAUCCGUUCUCCGGGACCUUUCUUAUUGCGAAAAAUUUGUAAACCGAAACGCGGUUUCCCAUAGGAAUGCAUUGAAAACCAAUUAAUCCGUUCUGGAGGUCAGAAAAAAAAAAGUAAAAAUGAGCUGGCAUGGAAACCAACCCACAAUGCAGAACACACAAUAAAAAGGCAUGCAAACGAUAAAGCUGCCUACCUUUCCACUGCUUGAGGAAUGCACCCAAAAUGUCCAAAAACAACUGAAAACAAUUUCCAGAAUGGCUCCAAAACUCGAUGCAAAAGCUGCUCCAACACCUCCACACUCGAAGCCAGGUGCUACCCACAGGCUCCUUCAUGCAGGGGGCGGUGCUAUAAACCUCCCAUGUGCAAUGCAUCCUGGGGAAACUUGCUUUGUAUUGGGAGGAAAAUUUGUAAACCGAGGCAUUAUUUUCAAUGGAUUUUCAUUUGUAAACUGAAAAUUAUGUUAACCGAGGCGUUUGUAAACCGAGGUCCCAUUGUAUUUCUGUUUGUGUAGAAUGUUUGUUUAUAAUAGUGUUUGUGUAUGGGGACACAGUUUGGGCAGUAGCAUUAUUAAUUAACAAAACUUUAACAAUAUAAAAAAAUUUGAGGCGAUAUCCACCACACUUCAUAUUAGGCAUACUCCACAAGACCCUUAAUUAUCAACCAAAAAUGAAAAAUGUGGAUAAUCUACCUAUGUCUUUUUAUAUUGAGUGCUUAGUUUAUUCAUAGUUUCAUUAUGGCAAUUUAGUUAUUCUAUGCCUCUCUUUAUAAAAUGUCUGAAUAUAUCUGUAUAAGAUAAUGACGGAGAUAACUUUUUAGGGAUUAAUCCUUAUGACAGUCUAUUUCAGUACAUUGUAAGAGUUGGCACACUAAAUAGGCUAAGAACUCUUUGUAUAGGGAAUAGGUGUACAUUAUCUAAGUGGUGAUUCCAUUCCCAUCCUUCUCAUUUCUGGUUUUCUGUUUUUGUCUGAUUAGUAGCAGUGUGUACCUGUCAUUUCUGAAUUGUCCAUUCUGGCUCCAGUUCUGUCCUUUCUCCCUCCCAGGAGAUCACUGUGUUCAGACUGAAGGGGUGGUGCUUUGCACUGAUCAGGCUUCCUCAGACUGAAUAUAGCGAUCCCAGAGUUCUGGAGCCUGUGUUCCAAGUAUGCCCACCCUCAGGUGCUUAAUGUGAAAUUUUACUUAAAAUUCCUGCUGGUGAGAGGGAGGUGGGGCAAGCCAGACCGGGCCACCCACUUGUAAAAUCACACAUUAUACAGUGAUGCGACAGAUAUUGCUUCUCCUAGCAAAGCCUGUGCAAAUGGACACUGCCGGAAGAGAUGUACCAAAGUCUACUCCUCCACAAUACAUUUGGAAAUGGCUAUAUCUGCACAGCCCCCUUGCAUGCAUAAAUGUCCUUAAAGGGAGGCCUCUCUGAAUGGCCAUGCAUGCCAAGUUCUAAUGUCUGUUGGUCAGCCUUCCGGAUGGCAGUCUCUACUGUGGCAGUGGGCAACCCUGGAAUAGAUUCUGGAACUUCCUAAGCUCUGAGUUUGUGGAUCGCCUUAGGGGUUCCGGUUUCACUUUUUUUAGAUGGUGAAAGUUUCUCACAUCUUGGUCCCUGGCACGAUGCAGCCCAGCCUCUAAUGGUUAAAUGAUCGUGGUGGAUCUAUGCUUUGCUUAACACCAUGCUGGGGUAGCAGCCAACCAAUCACUACCCCAGUCCUGGUGUGUGAGACAGAAGCAUAGCUUUGCCAUCUUGUCAUUAGAGGCCGGGCUGCUGGUGACAGCAUAUUUCUACUAAGCUUUAAGAACAACAUUUAGUAGUGAUUCAGGUCAGCAUUCCCAUGAACUCAAGACACCAUAGCCAAUUUAAUCAGACGAAGUAAUUAUAGUGCCUACAGUGUUCCUUUUAAAGGACCACUAUAGUGCCAGGAAAACAUACUCGUUUUCCUGGCACUAUAGUGCCCUGAGGGUGCCCCCAUCUUUAGGGGGUGCAAGGGGUUAAAUUUACCUCUUUUUCCAGCACCAGGUGGGGGACUCUCCUCCUCCAUCUCCUUCUCCUCGUCAGCGGCUGCAUGCGCGGCAUGAGCCGCGCGCACAUUCAGCCAGUCCAUAGUAAAGCAUUCUCAAUGCUUUCCUAUGGAUGCUGGCUUCUUCUUACUGUGAAAAUCACAGUGAGAAACACGGAGCGCCUCUUGCGGCUGUCAAUGAGACAGCCACUAGAGGCUAGAUGAACCCUAUUAUAAACAUAGCAGUUUCUCUGAAACUGCUAUGUUUAUAAAAGAAAGGGUUAAUCCUAGAUGGACCUUUUAAGGACCAUACUUCUGGAAUAAAAUGGAAUCAUGACAUGUCACACGUGUGUGUGUGUGUGUGUGUGUAAAUGAAAAUUAAAAAAUUACCACCAUUUUCUCCAAUUUUUUUUUUUAAUUUUUUUUUUUUUUUUUGAUAAAAGGUUACAUAAAAACACUCCAUAUACGAUACCUUGGGGUGUCAACUUUAUAAAUAUAUGCACGUUCAUGGAAAGAAAAUAAAUUGGGAUAUGUAAAAAGGCCCCCAAAAAGAAGAUGGGCAAAGAUAUGUCAAACUUAAAAAACACAUGUAAGCCCCCCAAACAACCCAACAAUGCUAUGUGGUGGUAUCACUGUAGUCAGGAGAUGUUGCUGAAAACCUAUUGGGAUGUUCUUUGUCAGUAACCCAUAACAGGAACUGAGAAUCCAUGCCUAAAGUACAAUGUGAGAAAAAUGACUACCCAAACGUUUGACAAAGACUGGUGGUAGAAUUAGUACAUGGAACGUGGUAAAAUACCACCAUUUGAAAUACCCUAGGGUGUCUAAUUUUCAAAAAUAUAUGGUUUGAUGGGGAUAAAUUACAUUGGCCGGCUUCAGAAAUGUCCCAAAUAGGACAUGGGUGCAUGAUAACAGCUGAGAAAAUUCCAAGUUAGAAAACUAGAAUGGGCACCCUCCACCCCCCAGAGAACACAACACUCCUGUACUCUGGAGAUGUUGCUGAUCACAUAUUGGGGUGUUCCUUAAAGUUCUCUGUACAUGUAUUCUUAAAUUGAUAUGUGUGCUACUUGCACUUAUAGCCCUAUAACUUUCAAAAAAAAAGCUAAAAACAUGUUAACAUUGGGUAUUUAACUCAGGACAAAAUUUUGAAACUUUUUAUCAUGGGUGGUUUUUGGCGGUUGUAGAUGCAUAACAGAUUUUGGGGGUCUAAGUUAGAAAAAGUGUUUGUUUAUAUUUUUUUUUAUAGUGAAUUAUAAUAAAUAAUGCUAUCUUUAGAAAGACCAUUUUAAUGGCGAAAACAGUAUAUAAUAUGUGUGGGUACAGUAAAUGAGUAAGAGGAAAAUUACAACUAAACACAAACACAGCAGAAAUGUAAAAAAAGACCCUGGUCCUUAACGGUAAGGAAAUUGAAAAACGGUCUGGUCACUAGGGGGUUAAGAGUUUACUCACUAAACAAGGAAUGGGUAAAAACUUGAGACUUCAAGCCAAAUUAGUCAGAUUGGCAUAAAGUCUUAAAAUUAGAUUUUCUUCCAAACUAAAUGUUUUGGCCAUAUAAAAAAAAAAUACAGUUUCCUUGUCCCUUAUCCUCAAUUCCUGGUUUGGGGAGAGAGGGAGGGGCUAUGUGUCUUUUAACCCAUCUGUACUAUUGCUGUAAUUGACACUUGGUUUUAUGCCACAUGUGGUUGUGCUAUUUAUAAUCUGAUAACUGGACAUGAGGUAGUGUGAGGUUUUGGCAGCUUUGCUGUCCCUGACUGGAAUUUUCAGUUUCAGGAAGUCUAAGAUAGGCUGUGAACUCUGUCAGUAUUGUAAUCACAAAAUGUGCAUUGCUGGUGAUAUGUGAAAUUGUGCUAAUUUUCUGAGUAAUGCAGUGUAUCAGUGUUAAUUUUGUCGACUAAUUUUAGUGGACUAUAAUUUUUUUUUAGAUUUAGUCGACUUAAACUAAAAUGGAAUUAAUUUUUUUUUUUUUUUUUUUUUCAAAAGACUAUGACUAAAACUAAAUUUGAAAUUUGCCACCAAAAUUAAUUCUGCACAAAGGGGCUGUGGAAGGAGCAAAAGACACAGACCAGGGCUUGAAAGAGACACCUAGAGGGGCUGGGAGGACACAAUGAGACACUGUGUGUGUGUGUGUCUUUAACUAAACCCAUUAGCUUUUAGUUGUGCCAACUAAAAUUUCCAGUACAUUUAGUCCACUAAAACUUUUUUUUUUUUUCAAAAGACUGACUAAAACUAAAUUGAAAUUUGCCACCAAAAUUAACACUGCAGUGUAUAGUACUGAAUUAAUGACUAAUGUCCAUUGACCACCUGACUAUGGCUGCCAGAUCCACUAAGUUUCCUGGAAACCGUGCACAAACAUAAACUUGCAUAAAUGCACAAUAACCCUUCAUACAAAUGCACUCCUGUGUUUUAAAGUGUCCCUUCAGUAAUCUUCCCAUUACUUGCUCUCCCAGCCUGUCCCUAAAUCCCCUGCUCACCUCCUACAACCUGAACACUCACCCUGUCGCCUCCAACAAACUUGCACACCUCCCUACCAGCCAUUUGCAACCAUUCAUUUUGUAAAAUACCUCCCCUCUCCGUUCACUUGCACCCAACCUCCCUUUCACCUAUCCAUCCCCUAUAUCCACAAACUUACACAUUCACAAACAACCUACCUGAUUCCACCCAGUCAUUGUGUCCGAGCACUUACGCAGAUUACCACUGCGAUGCUCCAGUAGGGAUGGUGACCUAGCUUACAGUAGGUAUAAUCAAGAUCUGUACCCAGCGAGGGUGCAAACUAGAAGGUCUCUGGACCCCUGUACAGUGGGUGCACUGAGCCCGUGAGGAAGAUCUUUGAUUUCCAUCACUGUCCUAUGAAGGGACACCUCGCCCUCUGCACGAGCACUGUGGAGGUCACCUCUGCUGCCUUACUAGGCUGCCGGCCCUGUCGGUCACCUGGUGCCAUCCGCACUCCCUAAUGACGCCAGGGCUGACCUCUCGUACAAGAGUCUUUUAACAGCAUUUAGUGUAUGGGCAAUCGGACUCACUUGAUGAUGAAUGGACAUAUCAUCCAUGAAUCUAAUUUAUAUUAUGGACACAUUCCAGUCUCAAACUUGUGAACCUUAGCAAGUCCACUUUAUUGGUUUACUGAGAUAAUUACUGCCUCUAUGAUGCCUUUAACCCCUUAAGGACACAUGACGACGUGUGACAUGUCAUGAUUCCCUUUUAUUCCAGAAGUUUGGUCCUUAAGGGGUUAAAUUGCAGCCUCCUACUGAUUUCAGCCCAUGACCUUUUGAUACCAUUUUGACUUUUCUUUAUCUGGACACAGCCAGAUAUAUUAAGCUUUAUUUAACUUUACAUGGCUGGCCUAACACCUACUCUAUAAGAAUGUCAUCAUACUGCAUGACUCUAUCUAGUAAUGUGUGUCUGAGGUACAACUGUUAAUAAUUGAUAAGACAUAAUAUUAGUGGAAAAAUAUAAGGGUUUUUUUUUUUUUUUAAGACUUACAGAAUUGUGCAAAAGUUUUAUUUUAAUUUUUUUAGUCCGAAGUGGUUGAAAAAUGCUUUCAAAAUUCAAAGAAACAGGGAAAAAAAAUCUAAAUCCAAUAAAAUAUGUGGUAUUCAUACCUUUUUGCCUUUGAACAAGCAUCAGUUCAAAAUCCUGUUGCACACAGUUUUGUAAGGAACAUAUUAGAGGUUGUUCUAAAUAUCUUGAACUAACUGCAGUUCUCCUUUUGGUUUUAAAAGAACACUAAACUGUAUUCCUAACACUAUAGUGUCCCUCUGCCCCAGAUCAGUGCGUUCACAUUAUCGCAGCCCGAUCGGCACCACAAUGAGACCGCAUCUGAUCGGUAUGGUUACUCCCCUUACAUCCAGAGCCUCUCGCUCAGUGCAGUUCUCAACACAGCGGCCGGGUCCAGCGUCUGGAAGGACGUCGGCCACUGCAAGGCGACGCUAUAUAAUAACGCUGCCCACAAUGAUGUCCCCAGUCAAAACUGGGGUCAAAACAGCCAUUAGCAGGGUUUACUGGGUUGUUUAAACCCAAACCUGCAAUGGUUCAGUGCUGUGUCGUGCUUUCCAUCCUGUUGGUUAUCUGAGAGCGUGUUCCUGAUACGGUUUAUUGGUUAUUGGGCUUGGCUUGACUUCCCAUAUUUCCGGUAUCCCUAACCCUUUGGCUUUAUCGUAUUUGUUCCUUUCUGUAUUCCUGACUUAGGUUUGUGACUGUUUAUUCUAUUACGUUAAAUCCGGCCAUUCUAAGGCCCGAUAAUAUGUUGUUACGGUUUGUCUUUGUUACGUGUUUUACUUCUGCGUGUUGUGCCACUGGUUCGUCCUGACUCAAAAUCCCUCAGCCCUGGAGCAGCAAUGGGGCAGCCAAAGUGCAUGGCGGGUCCUUCCCCAUAGCAAAGCGUUGACUCCAUUCUUUCUUAUGGGGAUUUUCAGGACGCUGGACAUCCUCUUGCACAAAUUUAAUCUCUAUGUAAAUCUAGGAAGCGCCUGUAGUGGCUGUCCAGGAGACCACCAGUCGAAACAAUCUUAACUUUCUAAUGUAAACACUGCAGUUUCUUUAAUGUUUUACAUUACAGGACAACGUGGAACAGGGACAUUGCACCCAGAUCACUUCAUUAAACUAUAGUGUCAGGAACACAAACAUGUAUUCCUGACCCUAUGGGGUUAAAACCACCCUCUUGGCCCCCUGUGCCUCCCUAAAAAAUUGAAAACUUACUUGUAUUCAAGCCUGAAGCUGUAGCUGUUUGGUUGUGUUUUUUUUUUUUUUUUAAAGGCAGUCUGCUGACAUCAGAAGUGGUGGCCUGAUCCAAUCACAAUGCUUCCCCAUAGGAUUGGCUGAGACUGACAAGGAGGCAGAUCAGGGGCAGAGCCAGCACAAUUCAAACACAGCCCUGGCCAAUCGGCAUCUCCUCAUAGAGAUGAAUUGAAUCAGUGAAUCUCUAUGAGGAAAGUUCAGUGUCUGCAUGCAGAGGGAGGAGACACUGAAUGUUUGGAUGCAUUUUAGGCAGCCAUGACCCAGGAAGGAUCUCUAACAGCCAUCUGAGGAGUGGCCAGUGGAGUUAUCACUAGGCUGUAAUGUAAACACUGCAAAAAGCCUGAAGGGAAUGAUUCUACUCACCAGAACAAAUUCAAUAAGCUGUAGAUGUUCUGGUGACUAUAGUGUCCCUUUUAAGAUAAAGUGGUUUGGUAAUCCCAGGUAGACUCCAUGAUGUUAUGAUCAGGAUUUUGUGGAGACUAGAUAAUCACUUUCAAGUAUGGUCGGACUUGCAACAACUUUUUAUUGAUGUGAUUUUUUUUUAUUUUUUUUUAAUUAUUAUUAUUUAUUAUUAUUAUUAUUAUUAUUUUUUAUAUCUGCAUGUUCUGGGGAGGGGGGGCAAGUCAAUUUGGUUUCAGCAUUACUCCACAACCGAACUACCUCCAAAUUAAAAUCACAACACUUUUUAAGAGAUUUGUAUUCCGUGUAUGUAGUGUCAAAUGUUAUAAUACACUUUUUUUUUUUUCCCAAUGGUUUAAUUUCUCUGAGCCUCUUAACUAGUAGUUAGUUCCAUCCAAUACACAAAGUUGCACAUUACACAACAGCAUGAGAUGCAUGGCCCAGUUAAUGUGUUAUCCAGGCAAAUAUUUGGAGUGUAGGAGGAAGGUUUGAAGAUAAACGUAUUCUCUUGUUGUGUACAGAUUGAAAACCAGCAAACGGAUCCAUAGCCAUGCAGAUUGGUUUCUACCUCCAGCUCCUGCAGAUUGUUGCAUUACUGGUCUCAGGUAUUUAAAAAAUUAUUUCUGUAAUUACAAUGAUCAUUUUAUAUGUCAACCAGUAACAAUUUGAUGUAUUUUAUUCUUUGUCAUCUGUGUAACACUCACUAGGCAUUCUCCAAACUAAAGCCGUCAAAGUCUACCAUUAGUGUGUGUGUGUGUGUGUGUGUAUGUAUACAUACAUACAUACAUACAUACAUACAUACACACACUCUAAUGUGGCACCAUUACUGCAUCUCUUAAAUUACUCUUGAAAUUUUGGACAAUCCUGGAUAUCGUUAUGGUGUUUUUCCUGUAGUAAGACACAUUUGGAUAUUGGUAUCUAACUUCCAUUAUUAAUUGUGUUUUGAAGACUUUCUUGCUAUUUUUGUCCCUAAUUGUUAAGGGUAUUGCAGUGCUCUGUCAACAAAACACAUAAGGGUGUAUUCGCUAAAUAACAAACUACAGUGAAUUAAAAACCGAAUUCUAAAAUGUACGUCAAAGUGCUGAUUUGGACUUUUUGUAAGUGUUAAUCUAAGACAUAGAUUAAAAUGAUAAUGCCAAUCUAUAGAUUAUAGAAUCUGGCAGAGAUUACAAGAUCAGAAACGGGUCCACGUUUUAAUGUUCUAAAAUUCAACACCACAUACAUUUGUAAAAUUGCAUUGUAUAAUAAAGCAAAGAAACAAGUCACAGGUGGAGGGUUUGAUCCAUAUAUAGGUUUUAAAAUAAAUAAAAAUGUAAUAUUCUAAAUUUCUGUACAAUGUUGUAACUUUCAAACUAUGAUCCCACACUUUCCAAUAUAGUGAUCAUAUAAAGAUUAGAAAAUAAAACUAAAAUGAAGAAAAGAAUAAGUGUUUUACAGAAGACCUAAACAAAAGUAGAACUGGACUAGAAAAUAAUUAGUAGGAAAAAAUAGAUUAAGGAGUAACUGGAAAUGGAAUUUGAAAGAAAAAAUAGAAAAAGGGCAGGAGAGAAAUCGGGCAUUGUGUUUGUUUUCUGUGGUGGGGGUUUGCGUGGGUGUAUUUUUGUUUGUGUUUUUUUAUUUUAUUUUUUUUAUUUUUUAUUUUUUCCCUGGUUUUCUAUGAAACUUGCAUAACGCUCUCCUUUCUGAACAAUUGGUCCAGUAAAGGAGGUCUGGAAUUCCAAUGUUUCACAAUGCAAGCUGUUGUGCAAAUCCUAUAAACUUAAAAUGCUCUUUGAACAUGAAGAAACUAUUUAACAGUGCAACUCUAAACUCUGGUUCCAAUACAAUACUGCAGAUGACCUAGAUGAGUUGGAAAACUGAGGACUAAUCUGGUUUAAAUGACACUCCCACCAUGUGUAGCAAUACAUUCCAACUUUCUCUUAAGCAAGCGCUGAACAAGAUCGAUAAAUGGCUUUUAAGGUUUAUUGGGUCGACAUACCAGUAAUUAAUACAUUCUCUCUGAUGGUAGCGAUACCCAAAACAGCAUCCAAUAUACGGUACUUCAUUGUUCUUCCUUACCAAAAGUCUCUCCCAUGUCCUCCUCCCAUCAAAUUUGGUAAGAAGUUUUCCUAUUGUCAAAGCUCUCUCUAGGAGUAAGCCGUGUAUAAUAGAGCUUGCCUGACAUUCCAUUAUGUUCAGUCACAAACGUGGUGCUUAACCCAAACAACACUCUACAUAGAUCCCUAAGAAAAAUGAGUUUUGUGAGCAAAACAAACCCCUCAAAUCUGCAUCUUGUGUAAUAAAAGAAUAUCCAUUUUCUUGGCUAUUAAGACCCAUGCCAUUGUGGGAGAUGAUGUAGAGUGAAAAAAAUCACAGUACCACCUCCAACACCAGCCAUUAAACAGUUAUAGAAAGUUAAUUUUUAUAUAUAUACACGCACACGUAUGGAGAACAAGAAUCCAAGGAUGCCUACAGUUUGUAAGAUUCAGCAGCAAAAAAAAUAAUUGAACUCUCACGUGAAAGUUAAUUCUAACAUGACACCCACAAAUGGUGCAAGUGGUAAGACUGAUCUAAUUAAGAAGCAGCAGUAUCACUAAACUAGACUGAACCUAGAGAAAUGUUAACAGGUGAAAUUAGAAUGUACCAAUAACUUUCUAAUCCCAAUCAAGGUUGGCAAGAACCAAUCACACCGGAUUCACAUGUCCUCACCAUCACCCCUAAUCAGAGAUCCGUAAUAAGUAUCAAUCUCUGUUACUUCCUUUAUCUGACAUAAGAGAACUAGCACAACAAUGUAGGUUGAAAGUGAUUACAUAAUCCUACUCAUUCAGAAAUGUGUUUUAACAGCGUUCACUUUCAACCUUCAGAUAAUUAAAGUCUGCAUGCCCCCACCUAGAGGGAAGAGGGAGUUUUAUUUGUGUGUUGACUUAAAAAUAAUGCGUUGUUUCACAGACUAUUGUAUUUUGGAUCAGUGCAAGGCAAUCCUUGUUCUAUGUGGUCAUUGAUGGUAUUCAGAUACGAUCUGUAAUGUGUGAAGCCUCUGGGAGCAGGCUACCAAUAAAUAUCAAUAUAUAUUUUAGUAGCUGCAAUAACCCAACUUGUAUAACUAUUGUGUUCCACAGCUCAGCGUAGCCCACUGAAUGAUUACCAGCGAUCUAAAGGAGUGGAACUUGUGCACUCACCUGAAUCUGUGAAGGAAGAGAUCAAAGCAGAAGUUGAAUCAUGUGCAAAGAAAUGUAGGGACAUCCUAGACUGCAGGUAGGUAACCUCUUGAGAAAGCGCUUCAACAGUCACUACAACCACUUUAACCAUUACCUAAUUAUUUACAUUUCGACAAAAGAAAAUUGUUUAACAUCUUUGUUUACCCCAAAUAUAACAUGUAUUUCCUCCCCCCACCCCCAUUUUUCUGUAACUGAGUAAAAACCGACUACCACAAAUUGUAAGCUUUUCCAUACAAUUAGACAUUCCUUUAAAUUGCAUCUUAUAGAAACAUAGAAUGUGACUUCAGAUAACAACUAUUUGGCCCAUCUUGUCAGUUCUUUUUGUUUAUCAUUUUAUAAGAUGCAUCUCCUCUCUUACCUAGCUAUAAAUCCCCCUGCCCCCAACAAAAGGGGAAGAGUGUUAUUUAUUUGUUUUUGCUCUGUUUCUUUAAUGGCUAUUACUUCGGCUUGCUAUUUAAUCAGAAUUUUUAUUUUUUUUUAAUACAAAUAUAUUAACCGAGAAGUGUACUGCAGUUUAAUAGAUAUUUUAGUUAGGUAAGACAUUUGUCGGGUUUUCCAUGUUGCAUUUUCUAAUUUAGAGCUUUCAAUUACAACUGGAAGAGUCACAGCUGCCGUCUGCUUCCACGGACUCAGAAAUCAGCUCAUGUUGAAUUGCAGAGAAACGUGCAUUAUGACUUGUACCAGAAGAAAGGUGAGUGGAGAGGUCACGUCACAUUGAACUAUUCAUUGCUAAACCACUAUGAAAAUGGGAUUUAGCCGCAUAUGACUUGUAGCUUGCUUUUUAUUUCUAAAGAGUAAAAAGAGUAUGCUUGUAUCACAUUUAAGGAGAUGGUGAUAUUUAAUGUUGGUGCAGCGUCACUCCAAACACUGCUGUUCUGCAUUCUGAUUUAUUUCAUUCUUAAUGGGUAAAAUGCUACAGAGUAUGACAUUCUAUCCCUGCACUCCACAUAUUCCAGACACAAGUGAAUGUUUAAGUGGGUCCUACUUUGGUCCUUCACAUUAGAGACCCCUCUCUGCUGCUUUCAUUAAGUGGCAUUUACAGUUUAGCAUUUUUAAUUUCGGCGAAGUGCAAGCCAGGAUGGCAGUAACUAGCUGAAAUUGGUAAAAUUUAGAUGCUAGGUGGGUGCAUUUCACUUGACUUUCAAUAGUAGUUUGUAAAGUUGACCGAAGCCAAACUUCAUUAAGUAUUGUUAUCAACCAAAACUUGCCAUUUCUCCGACAAACAUGGCCAUUUGAAACAAUACAGUUUUUACCUGUAAAAGAAUAAAUAUUUAAGAACCAAUUGAUACCUAUUACAGACUGUUUCCAGCCAUCCAAUAACAAAAUAUUCUACUUCUAGACUAUGUUCGUGAUUGUAUCGUGGGGAAUGGUGAAACGUACAGAGGGACUGUUUCCAGAACUCACAAGGGAAAAACAUGCCAGCAUUGGGGGAUGAAGUUCCCCCAUGACCACAAGUAAGUGUUGUUUUUUUUUGUUUUGUUUUUGUUUUUUCGAGGCCAUAUGUCAUGAUUUUACCUGGUGUGGAAUCCGACGUGCAAAGUUAUACGCUCAGCCUUGCAAAUAAACACAGACCAAGGUGACCAGGUAAGAAGCCACCUAGGCUGUGAGCCUGUGCACGGGGGCUGUGAAGGUAAAGUGCUCCAAAAUGCAGGACAGGCAAGGACACAAGCAGAAGGGUAGUCAAGGGGAAGCCGGAGGUCAGAGUAAACAAUGAGAUCAAACUGGAGAACACAUGAUCCUGAUACACAAUAACGAGAACCAGAGUCAAUGAACUGACACUGCCUUCAGAGAGAGGCAGUAUUUUAUACCUGGUUAAUUAGCGAUCUGCUUCCGGUAGACUCAGAUUGACAGGAGCAGCCACAGGUAAAGUCCAGCCCCCAGUGCUGGAGACAAGGAAAGGAUAAACAUUAGGCUGAAACAAGAACUGAAGUGUGGCUCAGAGGUAAGAGAGCAGAACUGAUAUUUAGAUUCCUUGUAACUUCUGUGGUAUAGGUAUUGUCACCAUGAAUAGGUGCAACGUUGUCUAACAAAACCUCUGUUCCUUGUAACGGCAGAGUGACAGAUCUUAUCUGACGUAAAGUCUUAAUUUUUACUCUUAUAACCCUAUUGUAAUGGGUAGAUAUUUGCUCUAUCAAAAUGAUACACGAAGCACCAAAGCAACUUUAGCUUAAUGACCCUGCAGUCUCACUGCUUAAUUCUCUGCCAUUUAGGAGCAGAAUCACUUUGUUUAUGCAGCCCUAGCUACACCUUCCAUGACUGAGGCUCACCCAGCCUUUCUACAUAUUUUCAGAAAAAGUAAAAAAAAAAAAAAUUAACUCUCCUUAUUGCAAAGUGUGUUUUAAAAAUAAUAUUAAAAAAAAUAAAUUAAAAAAAAAUAUAUAUAUAUAUUCACUCACUCACUCACUUUCCAGGAUGCACUCCAGGACUUUCAAUCAAAAAAUUUGAUUUUAUUCAAUCAUGUGCACGUAAACAGACUUUUCGACCCCUGCGGGUCUUUUUCAAGGUUACUGUAACACUUCAAACAGUUGAGAUAUAUAUACAUAAACUAUAAGUGCACUUUCCAAUCCAUUAAGUUGUGAACACCUUCACCGAUACCCGGAAGUGACUUAGGACCGCCUACUCGACGUCAUCACGUAAGGACGUCUGGCGGAAUAACAACGUGGUCACCAUAGAAACCUCCCAACUACAGGGUAAAUUCAUGUAAGCUCAUCUGCCACGUCAAGGAAAAACCUCUUGGGCUAGUCCUACAUUAACAAUUCACCUUGCUGCUUUCCGGUAAAGGUAAAAUCUCUAAUUGGACAGAGAGGGGUGUUUUUCUCUAAACUCCUUCACACUUAUCAACUCUUAAUAGGGAACACGUGGUGUGAGCGGCAGCAUUAUAGCAUGGCUGUGUUAUCCAAAAGCAAAUGCCAACAUGCAAAAAUAAGUCCUGGCUGGGAGUACUAUAGUGAUUGCUGUCGCCCAGGAGUAGUAGGAGUUUAAGCGCAGGGCAUAUCUUGGAUGGCUGUGUUUCCUCACAACUCUGUCUGCAAAGUUAAUAGCUCAUUGCAUAGAUGCUGACAACAGACAUCAUUUUUGCACAGAAUUAAUAUUCGACUGCCUGGAACACCCCCGAUUAGCUAGCCUUCGGCACAAAACUGUAGUUAUCUCUGUAUGUGUAGCCUUUCAACCCAAAACACUGCGUGCACACAUUCCUUGCUCCAAGACCACUGCUAAAUGCAGAAGUGGUCUUGGAGGCUGGAGCAACUUUUGCUCUAUUUAGGUGAAGCUGUAAUUAAAAAUGUCACUUGCCUUAAAUCUCUUCCAUAUACAUUGAAUACACAAUAUAGCUUAGAUAUAUAGGUAUUCAAUAUACAAUUUAAAUAUUUGCUCACAUAUCCUCUGUUCCAGUGGCGAUUUGUGGGUGGCUAAACUACAUGUAACAACCACCUCUUGACUGUCCACUGCUACUCCCGAAGUCGUCUUUGAUUUACCCUGCAUCCCCAAGCAUGACCAAUUUUGUCAGGGACAUUGGCAUGCAGGCUUCGUUGCCAUUGUCUGAUUGGAGUAAUGUUUCUUUACUCCUUAGCCGGUGCUUGAAGGGCUGGCUAGCUAGUUUGCAUAUUAACCACAGCCCAUGGGAGGAAGGCCGAGGGACCUCCUGUGCGAGGUGUUUUCUGCUCUCCCUGAUCAGUCAAUGCCUCUGCAUGCCGAGGGAUUGACUGACAGCUGGGAGAAAAAAUAAUUUGAAAUCGUCUUUUUCUCCUAAUCUAUACAUUUGCCAGCAAAACUGCUAGCACAAUGUAUAGAUAAAAUCUUAUGCUCAAUCUAAUGAGCAGAAGUUGUUUAGGGGCAUGAUAGGUACCCUUUAAGUGCCUUCAGCAGUCUCCUGUGUGGGAUUAACGUUUUAAUUAACAGAGCAGGAGAUAAAACCUUCUAAAGCAAAUACAGUAUGCUCUAGGAGCUAAUUGAAAAUGUAAGUUUUACUCCUGGAGUCUGUGUGGUGUGGAGCCAGGGAAGUAAGGCUUGGGCUGCAUAAACCGAAGCAAAAGUGCUUUUACUCCUAAAUGUCAGAUAAUUGAUCUGUGAGACUACAAAGGUAUGAUCUAUACGCCAAAAUUGAUUAUGAAGGUGACUGUGCAGACCCUUAAGCACUUCUUCUAAAGCAAUACUUUUUGUGUAUUUGGGCAGUGAAGUGUCCCUUACAGCUAAAGUGGUUUUGGUGCUUUGAGGAUCCCUUUAAAGGACCGCUCUAGGCACCCAGACCACUUCAGCUUAAUGAAGUGGUCUGGGUGCCAGGUCCAGCUAGGGUUAACCCAUUUUUUUUAUAAACAUAGCAGUUUCAGAGAAACUGCUAUGUUUGUAAAUGGGUUAAUCCUUCCUCCAAUUCCUCUAGUGGCUGUCUCAUUGACAGCCGCUAGAGGCGCUUGCAAGAUUCUCACUGUGAAAAUCAGUGAGAGAACGCAAGCGUCCAUAGGAAAGCAUUGUAAAUGCUUUCCUAUGAGACCGGCUGAAUGCGCGUGCAGCUCUUGCUGUUUUCCUGGCACUAUAGUGGUCCUUUUUAAUAUGGCAUCAGGUGCACCUAACAUGUAAAUCUAUACGUUAUACCUCCUAUAUUAGGGUAUAACCGUAGAUCUAUAUGUUAUACCCUAAUAUAGGAGUAACCGUAUCUGGAGAACCAGAGAUCUGGAUUCAAAAGGUAUGCAGAUAGAAGUGGAGGAGUAAUCUCAGUUUAUGACGUCUUGAUGUCUGAUUAUAUUCUUCUAAUGUGCUUUCUUUAAAAGUUGUUGGUUCAAGUCAGAGAAAAGAUCAAAGCCAUUAAGCUCUUAGCAGUAGCAAUGAGGAUUGUAAGACAAAGUAUAUUUUACCACACAUCUGCAUAGGAAUGUAAAUUAAUUCUCUAACCGAAUAAAAUGUUAACUCCUGUGCUACUAGUGAGGCUUGCAAAGAUCUUCUUAUUAAAUGAUCUCUGAAAAUAUCAUGUGACGGACACUGGCCGCUAAGGCAAACCUUGCUGUACAGUGGCUGGAGGAGUGAGGGUCUGACCCUUAACCACUGUUGUCAUAUUACACAGCAUAAUGAAAAAAACGAUAAAAAUUAAAAAUAUAUCUUUCUGCGUAUAAAGUGCUCUUGCUCUUUCUCUUUCAGGUACUCUCUAGAUAUUAUCAAUGGGUUGGAGGAAAACUAUUGCAGGAACCCAGACAAUGACUCCGAAGGACCUUGGUGUUACACAACUGACAAAAAUGUCCGACACGAGCCAUGUGGAAUAAAAAAGUGUGAGAAUGGUGAGCACCAGUGGAUGUAAAAAGUUAUCACCAUAGCCACUAUAAAACCGGGCUUGCCAAAAGCCAGAUCCACUGCUGUUGGACAACUACCCCUCAGUGAUGCUCUGCCCUCCUUAAAAUGUGUGAUGGUGUCCUCCUACCAAUUUACUUUUACCAUAAGCCACAAAUACACUUGUCUCCCAGCAGAGAUUUUCGUCUCCCUCUUGUUUUGCAGCUGUCUGUCUGACCUGCAAUGGAGAGGAUUAUCAAGGUGCCCUGGACAGGACGGAAUCUGGAAGAGAAUGUCAGCGGUGGGACUUACAGAGCCCUCAUUUGCAUCCUUAUAGACCAGAGAAGUAAGGCUUUAAAGGUGUUGAAGCAAGGUUUAAAUGUAAACUGUAUUGCCAGGCAACUUCAUUUAUGAAAAAUGAUACUUCACUUUUAUAAACCUCCACUUGGUAACCCCCUGUGGCUGGCUUACAACUCAACAGCUGGCAGGGUUGCCAUUUUAAUUUGCUAAGAGUGAUUCCCAUAGAGGAUACAGAGCUGACACAGCACGGUGAUUGCGUUGUAUGCACCCAGGUCUGGCCGGGAGCAGAAAUGGAAAGGUGACUUGUAAUCUCACAUAGCAACGAGAGGGUCUCUGCCUCCUCCCUUUUUUUUUUUUUUUCUUCUGGUAGGGGUGCCAAGUGAUCUAAAGAUAAAACCAGGAAUCGUGCAAUAUAAAAAAAAAAAAAAUUAUGCUGUAAAGUUCCUUAAAAUGAUUAAUGAAGAUGAAAUUCACAGCAUUACCAAAAGUGCAACCUAUGACCUGCAGUGCUGAGAUCUAGUGGUAAAUGGUGCAUUCUCCGGACAGAUAGGCAUGUAUAUAUGGUGGUGGUUUUUUUUUUAUUUUUAUUUUUUAUUCUCUUUGGAACUUGAUAUAUUGUGUAUUACACCUGUAUCAUGUCCACAAAUGCAUUUCUUUCUCUUAUGUCAGGUACCCUGAUAAACAUUUGGAUGAUAACUAUUGUCGUAAUCCAGACAGUUCAGAAAUGCCUUGGUGCUACACAACUGAUCCCAGUAUGGAAAGGGAAUAUUGCAAGAUCACAAAAUGCAGUAAGACGGGGUUUGGUGAAUUGGGGUAAAACUAUAAUUCUUCCUAUAUGAAGGUGGUAUGUCAUUAAAAUGUUAAUUGAUCGAGCAGACCGUCCUCACUCUUUUAGGGUAUUGUAUGCAUGCAGCCACUUUGUGUUUUUUUUUUUCUUAUGACAAUUUCAUUUAUAUACAUCAAAAAGGUUACCUGCAGAUGUGGGAAUAUAUAUUUUUCAAUUUUUUAUUUUAUCUUUUUAUUUUUGUUCGCAUCCUCUUUCAUUUCAUUAUCUUUAAUUAUCACUUUUAUUUGUAUUUCCCUCUUCUGCAUUGCUUCUUUUUUGUGAAGCAGAGAAGCAGCGCACUCCUCACUUGCAAGUAACAAGUAACUGCUUCAGAGAACGUGGUGAAGGGUACCGAGGACGGGCAAGUUUCACCACAUCAGGAAUACCUUGCCAGCGCUGGGACUCCCAGACACCUCACAAACACCGGUUCACUCCAGAGAAAUACCCGUGCAAGUAAGCAACAGGGAAAUCUGUCCUUUAAAUACAUGGGGGGGUUUUGUUGUGACGGACCGCCUGGCACCCCGACCGGGUGCCUCCGCCAAGCGAUGCUCUUAGUACUCACAAGUACUCCAAGCACUCCACCUGACACCAUCAACACCGCAGUCCCCAUGUCCAGUGUUACAGCUGUCCUCCACCCACCCUGGACCCAAGACCAGGAUACAGCUUCCAGUGGGUAGACCUCUCCUCCAAGAGAGUGUAGCAGUAUGCUCUUAAAAGAAUUAUAAUCCAAGGGUAGUAUAGGGAUAUAGUAAUCCACAGGGUAGAUACAGCAGUUUCCACCAAACAUGAGAUGACUCUAUGUUGAGGGUAAGCAGGAACUCGUUUAAUGGUAGCCACAACUGGCCUUUUAUGCAAGGGGCACUCCCCCCUGGACCUGAGAGUAAAACCAGGGGCAGAUUAAGAGCCCAGUGGGCCUGGUGCUGACAAUUAUGAUGGGCCUAACUAUAGACUCUUAUCGACCAAAAACACGAAUAGUCAUACCUUCCAAGCGUCAUAUAUCUGGUGGAGGUUGUGCUGGAAGGAAACUCAUAGGAUGCAGCUAUAAGAAAACACAUACCCUAUGCUAAUCUUUCUAAUUUAUUCUUUCAUCUUUCAAGUAAAUAAUUACCCCCCCUAACAGCAGUGUCCACUGAAGCAGGAAGUCAAUGGGCGCAGUAAAAGGGUGGGCCACUGACGCGAUUCAUGUAACCAUAACUGCGGAAAGGGGCGAACAUGCCCAAAAAGGAGGCGUGUCUGGCCAACUAAGGGUAUACUAUGCAGACAGCACCCUGAGCUUGGCAUAAAUGCGUCUGAUGAUGCGCUCGCUCCAUGCUUUCAAAGAACUGUCCCCUAGAACUCACAUGUCCACUUGUCUCCUUACCUUCUUAUUAGCAGACAGAAGCUCAUGUGUUAUAAUCAGGCACAGAGAAAAGGUGGAUGUAGUGAGUGUAGCAGAAAGGGGGUAUGCCACAGUGUUAGCGAGACCAAAGUCGUCAUUACCUUAACUAAUUUCAUUUUCAGCCAGUCCAAACAGAUUUUGUUCCCAUAUAUCCCUCUUAAGAUUCCAUACUUAAGCAAGAGUAUGUGAAGAAUGUAGUUUUUUUGUUUGUUUGUUUGUUUUUUUUAAGAAUUUUUUUUUAUUUUUUUUAUUACUAUUAUUAUUAUUAUUAUUAUUAUUAUAAUAAAUCAAUGGGCCUAUUCCAUGGGCCAGGGCCUAGAGCUGUAUCUCCAUCAGCCUCUGUUAAUCUGGCCCUGAGUAAAACCCAGUAGAAACAAAUACACAAUUACAUUUGCUCUCAGAUCCAGGACACUCCCACACAUAAUCGAUUAAUCCCUCCUCUGUACCUGGGAAAUAAUUGAGUCAAGCACUGAUCUUAACUCAAUUAUCUCCAGAUACAAAACACACAGGGGUUCAGGAAUUCCCUGGAAGUCCUUUAUUUGACCGCCCGCUUGCAUUGUCCCAUGCCCAAAACUGUUCCAUAGAAUCAGGGCUUGCGGUCGGUCUAGUUUGGUAGUUUAAAAAGUAAACAAACUACCGAACGGAAUCCAUAGUUCUACACUGGAGCUUGUUCACCUUCUACAGAUGAACGAUUCCAUCAAACAGUGUCUUCCCAAGUGUUCUAAUACCAAACACGGGCGAUCAUGGAAGUCCAGCGGUGUUCGUGAGUUUCAGUGUCCAAAAAUAAUUCCAUGAACUCGACGACAAAACACAGCUGCCUGCAUUCAUGCGAACAAGAUGACCACCACCUCGUGGUCGUCCAUAGGAAUUGCGGCCACCCAGACCAAUACUUAGAACACUGCGGUGGAAAUGUUACAAAGUAUCAAUUGGGCUUAACAAGCUCCAGGGUGGUCUCCGGUUCAUGCGGUUAUUCAGUAACCGAACCAUAUAAUCCCAAUUGCACGAACAGUCUUUUUAAAGUAUUUUAGCCAGGUAUAUUGCAGGGGCCAUAGUCCUGGGGCAGGAGGCUGUCAUGCAGGCUCCUCCAAAAGCCUAUGGCGAGGUUCUGUUUGCCACAGUUUUUAUUAUUAUUAUUAUUAUUAUUAUUAUUAUUAUUAUUAUUAUUAUUAAUUUUUUUUUUUUGUAGAUUACCUACACAUAGUACAGGCAGGAAAAUUUUAUUGAAAAGCAAAUGUAGUAGUUUGUAACUUAAAGCAGCUUUGACAUCAAAAAUACAUUGUGUAAGCAUUUCCCAAAUAAACUGUGACAUACUCCUAUUCACUGUGUUAGAAUAUUAGUGAAAUUAUUACACACAGAAUGGGAUGGCAGAUAAGAACCAUUUGGCCCAUCUAGUCUGCUAGUCAGUUUUCUAAAUAAGUUCAUUAGUCCCUGGUCUUAUAUUUAGGAUUGCCUUAUGUCUAUCCCAUGCAUGCUUAAACUCCUUCACUGUGUUAAUCUCUACCACUUCAGCUGGAAGGCUAUUCCAUGCAUCCACUACUCUCUCAGUAAAGUAAUACUUCCUGGUGUUUUUUUUUUUAAAUUCUUUAUUUUUGUUGUUACAUAGUAUCGACAUAUGCCACAACAGCGUGUCUGAGUAUGUACUUAAGUUAAACAGUGGCAUGAUGAAUUGCACAGUUUUGUAUAAUAAGUCUCAAGCUUGGCUAAACAAUGUAGACAUUAGAAUAAAAUGAAAAUUGAAAAGUCAUCGCUUAACAGUGCUAGGCUAGUUAUGCUAACAUAAAGGUUUUAGCUCCUAAGGAUUCUUCGGGUACUCUUAUAGUAAACAAACCACAUCAACAUUAGCAUUAUCAUUUUGCUUAGGUUGUCUAGCGGUGUCUGAGUGUUCUGCCUGCUUAACUGGUAACUACUGUCAUUUGUGAGGCGGUUGUGGUGUAGUCGUAUGCGUGUGUAUACCUCAGGUGUGUGAGAUGUCGUCUUGUGCUGGUGGGCAGUGGUAAUAGGUGCGUGGUGGGGGGAGGCGGAGGCUUGGCGCCUCUGGCUCAUAUGUAUAAGUGGACUUUGGUAUUGUGGUAUCGCUCGUCCGGCUGAGAGUGUGUUAGUAAAACCCUAAGUUGUUUAGCCAUUUGGGUCCUUGAGUAGGGUCUUUAGCUUAGUGGGCGCCCUCCUGCUUAUAUUUCCGUGGUUGGUCUGCUGUGGAAUAGUGGCUGGAGGAAAAUGUUAGUAACAAGUAAACUAGGCAUUAGGAGAGUUAAAGAACACUAUAAAAAUACUUUAAAAAAUUAGUUAAAUAAAAAGGAACAUUAACCUUUCAGGUGGAGUCUCAGCAGUCUAUGUGAAAAGGUACUUAUGUGCCGCGGGGGGUGCUGUGUGUGUGUCCUGUAAAUGAGGAUCCAGGCUCAUGUUGUGGCUGCUGCAUAGGGGUCUGUAAGAGGCCGUCGAGGCACGAUCUCUGGAGCACUGGCCACGUCUCUUCAGAGGGAGCGCGUGGGCCCUGUCGGGGGCAUCGAUGGGUCGAGUGAGUUCGUGGGAAGGUUUAGCAGGUUCAAGGUUCUCCUGGCUUCUUGCAUAUCAUGGACGUGGAUGUUGCCGCCUCUAUCUAUGUGGAUGGAGCGCCCUGGUCCCCAGCGGUACCUGAGUUGGUGUAGUCUCAGAGAAUGGGUCCAAGAACAGAUCCCUGAGGUAUCCCACUGGUAACAAGACCAUGCUUUGAAUAUACUCCAUUGACUACAACCCUCUGUUGCCGGUCACUCAGCCACUGACCUACCCAUUCAACAAUAUUGGAAUAUAAACUUGAAGAUUGCAGUUUAUUGAUCAGCCUUCUAUGUGCAACAAUGUCAAAAGCCUUACUGAAAUCUAUGCAAGCAAUAUCUACUGCACCACCCUAAUCUAUAAUUUUAGUUACCCAAUCAAAAAAAAAAUCAAUUAGAUUGGUUUGGCAUGAUCUCCCUGAAGUAAACCCAUGUUGUCUCUGAUCUUGAAAUCCAUGUGUUUUUAGAUGUUCAACAAUCCUAUCCUUUAACAUGGUUUCCAUUACUUUCCCCACUACUGAAGUAAGACUUACUGGCCUAUAGUUCCCCGACUCAUCCCUACUACCUUUCUUGUGUCCUUUCACUGUCCAAAGUAAUCAAAAGACAAAAGUAUAGAUCGUUGUGAUCUAUAUUGUAAUUGAUUCAUUGGAGUUGGGUUAUUUUGUUAAACUGGCAUUCUCAAUUUUAUUGAUUUAAAAUACUGAAAUAGGGACAUUUUCCCUAACUUAGAAUAUAUAUUUCUAGCUUAAGUUUUGACCUAAACUUGUUCUCUUGUAAAUUUUCUACAAGUAGCAGUUACGUGUAUGCACCCCAAUUGUGUACAUAUGUAAUGUCUGGUUUUUGCAUAAACCCUUUUGUAUUUGAUCACAGGGGUUUAGAUGAAAAUUACUGUCGGAACCCUGAUGGCUCAGAAGCUCCAUGGUGUUUCACCACAAAUCCCCAUAUGAGGAUGGCAUAUUGCUUCCAAAUAAAGAGGUGCCCAGAUGAUGAGGAGCCAGUAGGUAAGACUAUGAAAACUUCCAAUCCAGCAUUGUUAAUUUCUUAAAUGGAUGUAUACACAGAGUGAGUUCAAUGUAUAAACAGAAAAAUCAACUAAAGGAAUGGUACGGUCCGCCACACAUACCCCCUCAAAUGUUGGGGCUCUCCCAAUCUUGAACUCCUGUCCUAGGGUGGUUUUCUGGUGUCCUGCAUCUGGGAACACCAGAGAACUGUGCACAGCAUAACUGGAUCCUUAGACUGCUCAUGCUGAAGGAACUAAAACGGGGAUAUCGUGGUUUUUAUUAUUAUUUUAUAUUUUGUGGGGGGGAAUUUUUGUUUCUUUUUAGUAGACCACCUAUGUGGAGUACAGGAAAAACUAAAAUGUAAAUAUUGUAUUCUGUAGCAUGCUGUGUUUGCCACCAAAAAUGUGUAUGUGUGUAUGAUAAAGCUUAAAUAUUUGAGUACUCAUAUUGAAUGUUUGUUAAAAUUCUUACGCAGUCAAAAUAUAUCAUGAGCGUCUUAGAUAUGCUUGUGCUGUGCUGAGGGCACAUCUGUCCUACUAGAGAAAUUUCUGACUCUAUGGCCUGCCCUGUGUUUUUAGUGCACAUGUUAUGUCUGGCUGUCCACAGCACUAUUUACUUCUUAAAUGCUUCAGUAGCAUUUACUGUGAAGAGGGAAUAAAGUGCUGUUUCUUAUGGAGAAGUGACAUUUGUGCUUUAACCCCUUAAGGACACGUGACGUGUCAUGAUUCCCUUUUAUUCCAGAAGUUUGGUCCAUAAGGGGUUAAAGGGACACUAGACUCACCAUAACUGCAGCUUAAUGUAGUGGUCCAUAGCCUGUCCCAGCAGUGUUUACAUUGCUGCCUAGUAGCACAUUAGGUGUAGUCACUUGUAUAGGAAGCACAUCUAGUGGUUGUCUAAGUGCUACAUUGUGUGCAACACUUGCUGUCAGCUUUUCCAUGCUCCUAUUUAAUACAUCUCUGAGAUGCUGAAUGGCACCGUGUGCGCCUGGGCAAUAGCAUCCCACUGCUUUCCUAUGGGAGAGCAUUGGAUUGGCGAAGAUCAUCACGAUUGAUCCGUGAAGGUGGGGCUAGUUGUAGUGAGAACAGCAUGGCAAUGGAGAAAGAAUAGAGUAAAAAUGUAGCUUACUUAUCAUGUGGUGGGCCGGACAACUAAAUAGGUAGUCCAACAAUAUAGUGUUAGGAUUACAAACAUGUAUUCAUGACACUGUAUAGUUUUCCUUUUAGAUGAAGGAUCAUUCUUGUACAGUGGAGUCUGAGAAUGUGGAAAGCACGUUCUUAAAUAAAUAAAAAUCGGCACAGAUCAGAAUAGUUAGUGUUCCCCCAGGUACCACAUAUUGUUCUACACAUUGUAGUCAAUAAGUGUUUUUGUAGUUACAUUGACAUUGAAAUGAGUAAUUCGCUGAAUAAUCCAUAAAUUACCCUCCAUUGACAGCUUUGUUUCCUCUGGUUUAUACAGAUUGCUAUCACGACAAUGGUGAGUUGUACAGUGGGAAAGUCCGCAAGACCAGAAAAGGGGUCACUUGUCGCAACUGGAGCGAAAAACUGGACGACAUGACGUAAGUUGUGUGACCACGUGGCAUGGUUUCAUGAAGGGAAAGUAAAUGCUCACAUAAAUAUGGAAGUCAGAAUUUUGCCUAAUGGAAACUUGGAGAGGUGAUUGGCACUUUAGAGUGUACCUUAAAGGAAACCUAGUUUCAAUAGGGCUCUGCCUCCUGGCUGAAGAUUACACUAAUAAUUAUUUUCUAUUCUGGUAAAUCCCCAAAAAAGGGACUCCGUCAUAGCGAACCACUGUAAUACAACACACAGACUUUGCUUAUGGCUCCAUGCUUAGCCGCAUUGUAACAUCUAUAGCUAUCACUUUUAUAUUUCCCCCAGGCAAGUCCCAAAUUAUCCUUUUCCUGGAUACCUGGAUGGCAAUUACUGUCGCAACCCUGACAAGGACAGCCAUGGACCAUGGUGCUAUACCAUGGACCCAAAUACACCAUUUGACUACUGCUCAAUUAAACCAUGUAGUAAGUAUCGGAGUCUGUUGUGAUGAUUUGCACUGCUAUCAAGCAUGUACGUGUGUCUAUAUUUACCUGACACAUAUGUCAAAUGGAGGCCAGAUGAGCCUCCUUCAUCUGUCACAUACUUUCAAUAAUUUUUCUUUCUUCUCUUUUGUAGGUGGAGAGAAACCACUGUCCAUAAAGGAAGCGGGUAAGAGACCAACUUAUAUUGUCUACCAUAUCACUAAUGCUGAUUUCAGUAACUUUACGAAGUUGAUAUCAAAAUGUUGAGUUUAAAAUAGUUUACGGACGCUGCAUUCAAGAGCACAACAACUUUAAAGUGUUUAAAAUGGCAUGCAUCAUAACAGCACAAAUAGAAAAUAGUCCAGAAAGAUCAUACUUGAGAUACUGUAGAUUAAUCACUAUCAUUCGAUCAGGAAAGUGAAUGACCCUUGCACUCAGAACUUGGGUCAAGCCUAAUGAAGGCAAAGAACAGAGAGAAAAGCAAGGCAUUACCAGACCUUCAGAGGUGGCCAGUGGUCCCUAGAUAGGUGAAAUGGUCUAUGAAAAAGUCAAGAAUGCAGACCAGAACAAUCCGCGCUCAAAGAUAUAUAAAGUACUGCUUAAUCGAUUUUAAAAUAAAAUUUUAUGGGAACAGAAGACUGUUAAUUUUGUAUCUCACCUGAGUAGUCCUUGAUUGAUCAGAAAUAAAUUGGCAAAACUGAAACCAUGACGAGGCAAUAUUCUGUCUGGCGGUGAUUUAAAAUAGAGAGUGGGACAUCCUUAUUGGCUUGUCAUAAUUGCACUGCCAAAACCUACAGGUGCUAUGAUACACAAAUUAUGUAACGUGUCUAAAUAGUCAAGGAGGGACAGAGCAGAAUAAAAUGACACCGGGAGUAGCGUCCAGCAUCAGAGUUGCCGCAAGGAUGAUGUAUGGUUUCUCCAAACCAGAGCUAACAAUUUUAGCCAUGAAGCUAUUUUGGUGUAUAGAUCAAAACCCUGCAGUUUCAUUGCUCAGUUAUCCGCCAUUUAGGAAUAAAAUCACUUUUGUUUCUGUUUAUGCAGUUUUAGCCACACCUCCCCUGGCUGUGACUCACACAGCCUCCAUGAAAAAAAGUUUGUUUCAAUCUGAUCUGAGAGCAUUAUAAAGGUGGUUUGUUUAUUUUUGGCUGCUCUGUUCAUUUAAAUUGAAUCACACACCUAAAGCUCUAGCAGACUCUUAAUAGAGCAUGAGUUAAGACAUUCUAAAUUAACAGAAUGUGUAAGAAAGGAAAUGUAAACAUUAGAUGUUUAUUUUGGGAGACUGUGUAGAAAUAAGGGUAGGGGUUGAAAAAGCAGUAGACAGGACAACUGCAGCUUUUGCAAGCGGUCUUCAUGUAUACACCAAUGGGGGGGAGGGGGGGGAGGGAGAGGGAGGGAAUUAAAUGCUUGCAUGUUCUAAUUUGGCAUAAAUCUAUUAAACCGUGAUGGCUUUUAAAAAAAGACUCUUGGCACCCAGACCACUUCAGCUCAUUGAAGUGGUCUGGGUGCAAUGUCCCACGUCACUUAACCCUUCAGUGGUAAUUAUUGCAGUUUCUGAGAAACUGCAAUAAUUUACAUUGCAGGGUUAAGUCCUCCUCUAGUGCCACUAGAGAAUCCCUUUAAGCCAAUAUUUUUUGGGUGCGUUCAUUUAAGUUGACUACAUUAUGAGCAACAUUUGAUGUGAUAUUUUGUAUGUAUAUCACCCUUUCUAAUUUUCUCCCACAACUACCUAUUACAUUGCAUCCUUAUUUAUUUUCCUCUGUAGAAAAUAUUGUAUUUGAUUCGUGUGGUAAAAAAAUUGAAAAAACAAUUAACCGAGCCCGUAUGGUUGGUGGUACACCUGGAAUCUCACCCUGGACUGUGAGCUUACGAAACAGGUGAAUGGUCCAUACGAAAAGCCAUUAAAACCAUUUUUUGUAGGGAAAAGGUGUGUUGUGCUUUUUGUUUUACCUGAUGUUUCCUUUUUUGUUUUUCCAUCAAACUAUAGGCAAGGAGACCAUUUCUGUGGGGGUUCCCUAGUGAAGGAGAAUUGGGUAAUCAGUACAAGACAGUGUUUCUCUUCCUGGUGAGUAGAAUAUUGAUCCCAUAAGACUUGUUAUGGGCAUAUAUCAAAAGCUUUUAACCCUGUGCGUUUAUAAAUAGCUUACUGCAUUGCUUACUUGAUAUUUAACAUAAAAAAACGAGAAACAAACAGAGCAUACAAAUGUGAAAAAACAGAUGUAUUGGACAGUGUAUAUCUGGAAAUAACAAAGUAGUCGGUCAGUUGGAGAUGAUAUUAUAAUAAUGAGACCAAAUUCCCUAUAUAUAAAUUAGUCAAAAAGAUAUUAGUCAAAAAGGUAUAUACAUAUGACAAAAAACCCUGGAUGAUGCUAAUUAAUAUAUAGAUCAGUUGGAGAUGAUAUUAUAAUAAUGAGACCAAAUUCCCUAUAUCUUUUUGACUAAUUUAUAUAUAGGGAAUUUGGUCUCAUUAUUAUAAUAUCAUCUCCAACUGAUUGACUACUUUAUUUCCAGAUAUACACGGUCCAAUACAUCUGUUUUUUUUCUCAUUUGUAUGCUCUGUUUGUUUCUCGUUUUUCUAAUUAUUUGGGGUUAUGCCCCUGGAGACUUCUGGAGUCUCCUAUGGUACUGGGGAGAUCUAUCUAUACCAGUGACGCCUACUUUGGUGGACAUUGCAUGGUUAAGAUCGACUUCCUAUCUAUACUUUUUCUUGAUAUUUAACAUGUAUUAUUUUGAUGGCAAUAAUGUUACCACUCUAUAUAGUAUUAAACAGUCAAGUUUCAUACAUGCAGCAAAAAAAUAAUGGAUGUGUAUGAAAUACUGCGUUUCCUUGAGAUGUCAAACAUCCAUCAACAAGCUAUGAAUUGUAAUCCUUUUCUCUGUUUUCCACAGUGAUGCUGACUUAACAGGAUACGAGGCUUUGGUAGGAACUCACUUGAAAAAUCCUGCCCCCACAGAUACAGACAAACAGUCUGUGCCCAUUAGCAGGAUUGUGUGUGGGCCCUCUGACUCCAGCCUUGUGAUGCUGAAACUGGAAAGGUGAGUACCUAUGGUAUUUCAUUUUCUUAGAGCAGGAACCAAAAUUGACCCCUUCCCCCCCACCACCCUCCUGUUAAGAUACCUUCUAGAACCCAACACAUGUAUUACAUAACAUUCAAUACUCUAUCUCUGCUGUAGGCCUGUCAAACUGAAUACCAAAGUGGCUCUCAUCUGCUUGCCUCCUGAGAGAUAUAUUGUACCAUCAGAAACCAAAUGUGAGAUUGCAGGUUGGGGUGACACCCGAGGUAGGUAAACCUAAAAUAUAGUGAAACUCUUUUUAGUGUGACCAUGUUCAUCUCAAACAAAAUGUUCUUAUUUCAGGUACUGGCCAUGAGAAUGUGUUAAAGGUGGCGGCUUUCACUGUGAUUAGUAAUACGGAGUGCAAUACAUACAUCAAAAACAAGGUGCUGGAUACCGACAUAUGCACAAGACCCCUGAAAUUGGAAGUUGGUGCUUGUGAGGUAAAGGAAUUUGAGCCUAGAUGGUUUUUAUAGACUAUUUUCUCUUGUCCUUGGCCACAGAAACGAAAACCAGGCUUACUGAGUAAAACACAAAUUGUGUAGAAUUUUACAAGGAAAUUGUAACUUUUUAGAUAUUAGCUUAAUUUGGAGGUGGGGGGAUCUUUAAGUUUGCUUCCCCCACCAAAUUCUUCAUAAUUCGUGGCUUAAAGGGAAACUAUAGUCACCUGAACAACUUUAGCAGCCUCACUGCUCAAUCCUCUGCCAUUUAGGAGUUAAAUCCCUUUGUUUAUGAACCCUAGUCACACCUCCCUGCAUGUGACUUGCACAGCCUUCCAUAAACUCUUCCUGUAAAGAGAGCCCUAUUUAGGCUUUCUUUAUUGCAAGUUCUGUUUAAUUAAGAUUUUCUUAUCCCCUGCUAUGUUAAUAGCUUGCUAGACCCUGCAAGAGCCUCCUGUAUGUGAUUAAAGUUCAAUUUAGAGAUUGAGAUACAAUUAUUUAAGGUAAAUUACAUCUGUUUGAAAGUGAAACCAGUAUUUUUUCCAUGCGGGCUCUGUCAAUCGUAGCCAGGGGAGGUGUGGCUAGGGCUGCAUAAACAGAAACAAAGUGAUUUAACUCCUAAUUGAGCAGUGAAAUUGCAGGGGAAUGAUCUAUACACUAAAACUGCUUUAUUUAGCUAAAGUAAUUUAGGUGACUAUAGUGUUCCUUUAAUGGGAAAAACAUUUUGGUAUUUUCAUUGUAUUAUCAACAAAAGUAAGGUGUGUGUGUGUGUGUGUGUGUGUGUGUGUGUUGUUUUUGGGUUUUUUUAACUCCAGACCCCUAAGGCACAUUAGCACUUUUCUUUAUUUCUCUUUUUUAAAAAAUUUUUUUUUUUAUUGCAGAUUAUAUAGAUGAAAUAGAAACUUACACUUUUCUAAAUUAACCUUCUUACACCCCUCGCUGUCAAUCUGACAACCGUUCAUGUUACUUCCUGGUAGUUUAGUUCAGUGGAGCUAAAUUCAAGAGGCAGGCAAGACUUCUCAUUGAGCUGCAUUGGGAAGACUGUAAAUGGGUAGCCAAAAUGUCUGGGCUGGAUUAGAACGGGAGGGCUUCAGAUGAGAUCUGCAGCUUUUGCAAUCUGUCUUUUUAGUUAAAUCCACAAUGAAAAAAAUCAUAAUAAAAUGCAUGUAUGUUGUCAUUGGGAAUAGAUCUAUGAAACCAUGAUUGUGUUUGUUUGGACUGGGCAGUGCCCCUUAUUAAAAAUGGUAUCUGAGAUGAGAUCUGAACAGUGCUUCAUGUGUAAUGGUUUGUAUUUAAUUGACCUCCUGACUGUAUUUCUGAGCCAUCAUAUUCUCUAUCCCACAGGGAGACUAUGGAGGACCACUUGCUUGCCUUACUCACGAUUGCUGGGUGUUGGAGGGUGUCAUUAUACCAGCCCGUGGCUGUGGAAAGAUAAACCAACCAGGCAUAUUCACCCGAGUCUCUAUGUAUGUGGACUGGAUUAAUAAAGUCCUGAAGAUGGUCUGAUACGUUGCAGACAAUAAUUUCAUCAGUACUUCAAGACCACCAGCUUUGCUUUAUCCAAGAACCAUCAUAACCGGAUUCAGAGAGACUGUAUUGUACAAUAGAUCGCAGAGGAAAUUGUAUAUUUACCAUAUAGCAUAGGAUGAGCUAACUGAUUGGAAAGGGAUUUUGAGUAUUGGGCACUGAAAUAAAAGGUAGGAGGGGGGAUAAAGUUGAAACACUGGACCAGAUGAAGCCCUGCCCAGCUGUAAAUAUUUAAACUUUACAUAAAACGUUUUUAUUUUAGUGUAGAGAUGUAUAGUUUUGUUUUUUGUUUUUGUAAAUGUUUUCAAAUCCACUUCACAUUUAAAAAGUAAGGAUUCUCCACAAGAGGGAUGGUAAAGUUUCAAUGAUCCAAAUAGAAUUGGACUGCAACUUCCACUAUUCAGUCCUUGUUAAUAAUUGUAAUUCAGCAACAAUGCAAUAAUUCACACGCAUGCAGAUCCUUCUUGUUUAUCUGUCCAGUGUCUAUUUUGUAAACUAAGAAUUUUGAAGAUUUGACAAAAUGGCUAAGAUGGAAAAGCAAUCGAAUUGGAUAACUUUUUUACUUAGGCCCAAAACUAGUUUUUACCUUGUUAAUGCUCCACAAUGAUCAGUUUAAUGAACAUGCUGCAUUGUACACCUUUGUGGCUGAGCUGAAAUUGAGCAUUUUGUUUGUUGCUGUAUAUGUAUAAUUGUUUAUAUUUUCUUUUAUUUUUUUUUUUAUUUUUUUUGCCUUGCCACUUUGUAGAAGUGAAAACCUUUUUUAAAAUGUAGAUCUUGAUUUUCAACAAUAAAAUCUUGCCGAUAUGCUCCCUUUCUCUUCCUGGUUUGGUUGCUAACCGCCAAAUGUGUACUUGUAAGCAAAAGUACAAG